UAGGUGCUGCUGUUUCAGUAGUUUGGAGUCGACAGGACUCAGAAGUGAACGUAGGCAGCAUUUGGGCACCGCAGAAGAACUGUCUUUAUUUUUCAUCCUCAUUCCAUUUUUUUUUUUAAAUUGUACAUUUGUGUAGAUAUAUAUAUAUAUAUAUUUUCUAUAUUUUUUAAGAAUAGCGCGGAUCGGAGAAGAUGGAACUGAAUUCUCUUUUAAUUUUGCUGGAGGCUGCAGAAUAUUUGGAGAGAAGAGACAGAGAGGCAGAGCACGGCUAUGCGUCUGUUUUACCUUUCAGCAGCGACUUUUCCCGAAAGAAAACGAAAGCCACCCCGAUUUCCAGAAAAGCGCAGAACAAUAGAUCGUCGCACAACGAGCUCGAGAAACACAGACGUGCCAAGCUACGGCUCUACUUGGAGCAGUUGAAGAAGCUGGUGCCUUUGGGUCCAGACAGCACGAGACACACCACCCUGAGCCUGCUGAAAAGGGCCAAAAUGCACAUUAAGAAGCUGGAGGAGCAGGACAAGAAGGCUCUGAACGUGAAGGAGCAGCUUCAAAGAGAGCACCGCUACCUCAAACGCCGCCUGGAGCAGCUGUCUGUGUCGGGGUCCGUGGAGCGCAUCCGCACCGACAGCAUGGGCUCCACCAUUUCCACCGACUCGGAGCAAGAGGUGGACAUCGAGGGCAUGGAGUUCACCCCGGUGGAGGUGGACAGCAUAGACAGCAUCAGUGACGGCGACGAGGAGGAGGAGGAGGAGGAGGAGGAGGAAGAGGAGGAGGAGGAGGACCACUACAGCGUCCAGAGCAGCUCCAGCGACACCAGCUACACAGCCGCACAUUCCCACAGACUGCAGCCGCACCACUGUUAGGCACCUUCCAUUGCUCGAACACCCAGUCCCACCCCUCAGCCUUUGGCUUUCAUCUCCAGCCCCCCCAC